UGACCAAUUGGGCUAGCCCCAAUUGAUACACACACACUCAUUUAAAUAUGAAAUAUAGCUUUAUCCUUUUUUUCCCUUUCAUAUGAUCACACAUGAUGGAUUUCUUUCAGAAGAUGGGUAUUUUUUGUAUAUAAAUUGUGGUGGAGGACAAACGAAAGUUGGAAACACUAUAUAUAUAGCAGAUGAAUCCCAGGGAGGUGCAGCGACAUGGCAAGCAGCAGGAAAUUGGGGAUUUAGUAGCACUGGACAUUUCUGGGAUGUCAAUGCAACUGCAGGGUACUAUAUAACCAAAAAUGUUUCUGUUCUUACAAUGAAUGAGUCUCAAUUGUACUCAAGUGCUCGCCUCUCUCCUCUGUCUCUUACUUACUAUGGGCGUUGCUUAGCAAAUGGAAACUACACAGUGACCCUUCAUUUUGCUGAGAUAGUUUUCAGAGAUAAUCGAUCCUAUCAGAGUCUUGGUAGACGAAUAUUCAAUGUUUAUAUCCAGGAUGAACUGGUUUUGAAGGAUUUUGAUAUUGAAACUGUUGCACAAGGGGUUGACAAGGCUGUAGUUCUAAAAUUUAACAACACAGUUGUUAAGAAUAAGACUAUAGAGAUUCGCUUUUACUGGGCAGGGAAAGGGACAAGAGCUGUUCCUGAUCGAGGAAUUUAUGGUCCUCUCAUAUCAGCUAUUUCUAUAGAAUCCAAUUUCAAGCCUCAUUCUGAUCAGAGAAAGAAGAUAGUCAUUGUAGUUGGAGCUGUAACUUUUUCAUUAUGCCUCGUUUUCAUGAUUCUAUUUAUCUUCUGGCGGAGACGCCAUUCAGGAAGCAUUACUUCAAGGGAACAAGGUCACUUAUUUCUACUCCAUGUUUUAUUUUUUAUUUUUGAAAUGCCAACAAUGUACUUGCAUGUAUUCCAGGUAUUGCAGAACAUAGGAGCAAUAUAUGACUGAUGGUGAAAUUGUGGUUGUUU